UUGAACUCGUCACCUUUCCUAGAAUUCUUUCUAACGCGUAAAAUAAUCGUCGAGUUGAUCGAUCGCAGAAGGAGUUUGCGUACUGGUGAACACCCACGCAUCAUCGGCAAAUUGUCAAUUUUUCAUGCAGCCGAUGCCUGGGAUACAACAUUGCAUCCCAGACGUAAUCAGUAUCAUCGGUAAAUAACCAGGAGUAUCAAUUCAAAAGUUCCAGGCGAAAUGCCGUCCGUCAGGAGAAUGAUCCUGGGGCACGUGAUGUCUGGGAUGUGCUCCAAGAUGAAUCGUACAAAGCGGUUGGAUGGAGACUCCCUGGAGACGCCACUGAAGAGAUGUCUAACAACAUUUGACAUGACUCUGUUGGGUGUUGGACACAUGGUCGGCGCUGGGAUAUACGUUCUCACCGGGAGUGUAGCUCACGACAUAGCGGGUCCUGGAGUAAUCCUGAGUUUUCUGCUGGCUGGUCUUGCCUCUCUCCUAGCAGCAUUUUGUUACGCUGAAUUUGGUGCACGUGUUCCAAGAGCAGGUAGUGCCUACGUCUACACCUACGUAUCCGUCGGUGAAUUCUGGGCAUUCGUCAUCGGCUGGAACAUCAUCCUGGAGCACAUGAUUGGAGCAGCUUCAGUGGCAAGAGCCUGGAGUGGCUACGUCGACUCAUUAUCCGGUGGAGUUCUAAGUAAUUGGACACGAGGAGUUUUUUCAGGUUUAGAAAUGGGUGAACCUCUGGCUCGUAUACCCGAUCCUCUAGCUGCAGCUCUCUGUCUAGUUUACGCACUUCUCCUGGGAUGCGGUGUGAAGGCCUCAGCUAGACUCAACUCUGCCCUCACACUCGUGAAUCUAGCAGUGAUUGUUCUGGUGAUUGGCCUGGGAUUUCGAUACGCUAAAUUGGAUAAUUGGGUCAACCCAGAUCACGGUGGAUUUCUUCCCUUUGGCUUCACUGGAGUUCUGGCUGGUGCUGCAAGCUGUUUUUACGCAUUCGUAGGUUUUGAUUCAAUUGCUAGCUCUGGGGAAGAGGCACGAGAGCCCAGUCAGAGCAUUCCUCGAGCAACAGCUCUGUCAAUGGCUAUUGUCACCCUAGGAUACGUAACUCUCAGUGGAAUGCUCACCCUCAUCGUUCCCUAUGGUGAUAUCAAUCCAAGUGCUGCAUUGCCAGAGGCUUUCUCUGCUAAUGGUGUCACCUGGGCUAAAUACGUUAUCAGUAUCGGUGCACUUUGUGGCAUGACGACAACUCUCUUUGGAUCCCUGUUCUCUCUACCCAGGAUCAUGUAUGCCAUGGCCAGUGAUGGCCUUCUCUUCUCAUUUCUCGCUCGGGUCAACGAGAGAACUCAAAUUCCAUUGAUCACUCUAGCUAUUAGUGGAAUCCUCAGUGCGAUAAUUGCAUUAUUGUUCGAUCUUCGGCAUUUAGUUGAGUUCAUGUCCAUCGGUACAUUCCUGGCGUACACCAUCGUCUCAGCUAGUGUUAUUGUUCUUCGUUAUCGCCCAUAUCAAUCACUCGACGGACUCCCCCAGAACUUGAGGUCCAAAAAUAAGACCAGCGAAUUAGAAUCACCGGGGAGUGAUAGCUCGGCAACCAGUAGCAGCAUCGCAGGAUCAUCAUCACCUGAUCAGUCUGAGCUGCUGGAGAGCGAGAGUUUGAAUCCUGUCGGUCGUCUGAAGAAGCGAUACAUUUGGAUGACAAACAUCAUCGGCAACUGGGAGCCUGGAACAGCAGUUGUGGCAGCUGUCAUUAUUUACACUGGAGGAUGUGCAUGCAUCUGCAUCCUAACAGUUAUGCAAAUGGAGACUGUGUGGGACGACAUCCUCUACGUCUACAUGCUGUUAGUGACAGUCGCCAGUCUUCUGGUGAUCAGAGCACACGAGCAAUCACCCCCGGUUAACGAUAAAUUCCGGGUGCCUCUCGUACCCUGGAUACCUGCUCUGAGUAUUUUUACGAAUGUUCUGCUCGUCAGCCACUUGCAUAUCUUGACUUGGUUUCGAUUUCUCAUCUGGAUGUUCAUUGGAAUGUUCAUCUACUUCCUGUACGGCAUUCAUCAUAGCACCGAGGCAUCCGGUCCCAACUCCUAUUCCGUUCUGAUGACAACACUGGAGGCAGAACAGGCACAGGCUCGCAAUAAAUGGAAUUCUGGUCUUAAAUUCAAGGCCGCACGCUCACAAUCUCAACGAAAUCCGGAUAAACAGCCAAUUUUAACUAGUGACUCGUACAAUCGUUGAUUUUAAUUCACCGUAUGAGUUUGCAUUGUCAAUUUGUUAAUUUCAGGUAUUAAGAAUCAAAUCCCUUUCAUAAUUUUCGUUGAACAGACGAAAAAGACUGCAUUCAUCAUGUUCAUCGUAUUUGAUGUGUCAUCCAGUCGCUGAGCGUACAAUGGAUAUUAGAUUUUGUAUAUUUUUCUCUGGAGAAAAUGAAUUAUUAGCUAAUGAAAAAUGUUGAUCUCUUAAUAUUUUAUGUUAGACGACAGGCCUAUAGAUUAGAUUGAGAUCUAGCCAUCGCUAUCUCGAUCUAUCAUUGAUGUUGUAAAAAUUGUGAAAAUACAUCUAAUUUGAUCAA